AUGCUGAUGCCCACUUACUUCCCGCUGCUCCUCCUGCUGCUUCUGGGGGCCCCUGGGACCAGCGUCUCCCACAAGUUCUACAACGCUGGACCAGUCUUCAGCUGCCUCAACACAGCCCUGUCUGAGGUCAAGAAGAACAAGCUGGAGGAUGUACCCUUGCUGAGCAAGAAGAGCUUUGACCACCUGCCCCCACAAGACCCUUUGAGAGAAGAAGAGGAAGGAGGAAAGCCUGGCAAGAACAAAAGAACUUUCUCAAGCGCUGCAGGUGGGAAUGGAGCUGGAAGCAGCCGGUACAGAUACCAGUCUCAAGCACAGCACAAGGGGAAGCUGUACCAGGACAAGGCCAAAAGCGACCGAGGCACCAAGUUCACUCUGUCCCUUGAUGUUCCCACUAACAUCAUGAACAUCCUCUUCAACAUCGACAAGGCCAAGAACUUGCGGGCCAAGGCAGCUGCCAACGCGCAGCUGAUGGCACAGAUUGGGAAGAAGUAA